AGAAAACCAUCCAAUUUUCACAAUCCCAUUGGACCUCAUUUUUCUCAAUUUUGACCAUUGUGGCAAGCACAAGAUCUGAGCAUUUGGCCAAACAAAACUUGACCGCCAAUGGCAGCUACGUUGGCAACAAUGGCUAUGACCAAUUCCAAGUGCUUCAACACCAAUACAAAGGGUACUUCUAACCCUUCCAAGAAAUCGAUCUCCCUUUUUUCGAUGCAAAACCUCCCAAGAGGACUCACCACCACCUCAAAGCCAUUAGAAGUGUCGGGCCUGGCUGGUACCGCCCUCGCAGGAGUUAUUUUCGCCACCCUCAGCUCCUCUGAUGCUGCCUUUGCUGCCCAACAAAUUGCUGAUAUAGCCGAAGGUGAUAACCGGGGGCUCGCCCUUCUGCUGCCUAUCGUUCCAGCCAUAGCUUGGGUUCUUUACAACAUUCUUCAACCUGCCCUUAACCAGAUUAAUAAAAUGAGGAGUGUCAAAGGGGUGAUCAUGGGGCUCGGGCUAGGUGGACUUGCGGGCUCAAGUUUCAUGCACCCGCCAGAGUCAUCAGCCAGUGAAAUUGCCAUGAUUGCUGAUGCUGCCGCGAAUGACAACAGAGGCCAGCUCUUGCUGUUUGUAGUCACCCCCGCCAUUCUUUGGGUUCUUUACAACAUCUUGCAACCAGCUUUGAACCAGAUUAGCAGGAUGAGAUCAGAUUGAGAAAGGUUAUCAAUCUCUUUAUCGAUUACAAAAACAUAUAUUCUGUGCUUCUAAUGUUAGUAGGAUUUAUCCUGGAUAACUGUAUAUCAAAAGGUUAUUAUGAACUUGAUUAUGUAUGUUGUCUGUUCUUAAUAUCCUUAAUCUAGUUUGCAUAAACCAUAAAAAUUUCAACUA